AUGGGCAGCAGUACCACGCAAAGGCCGCUGUCCGAAGUAAGCCCGAUGGCUCAACGACGAAACUCCCCAAGUUGGAAUCAGAGUACCAAAAUGAAGUCCCAAGAAGCAUCAGCGUAUGAAGCACCCGCAUCACCGCGUCUUUUCUGGCAGGGCCGUGAGUCGGGCUCUCCCUUCCCCAAGAGUUCGGAGAACCAGAGCCCUUAUGACCCCGACGCCUCGUUUUCUCCAUCCAAGCGUCCCUCCCUUGAGAAUCUCAAGCGCGCCUCGAGGGUCAAGAACAGCAACAUGUUCCGCGACUACAACCAGGAGUACGAUCCGACCAAUGUCUAUGUUCCACAGAGGCCCUUGGCCACUAGUCGCUCGCCACAGAAGCAGGCCUCAAAUGCGCCCCCUGCGCGACAGGCAGAGUCCCACGACACUAACAACCCGAGCGGGCCCCGCCCCCCUUCUCCGAGCAAGGACCAAGUCCCCCCAGCGAAGUCUUCCCUGUCGCGAGCCAGUCGCUUCGGGUUCAGAGACGCAUUUGACCCCGAAAGUGAGAUUUGGUCUGACAUUGAUGGAAGUCGACAUGCCAAAAGCGUGACGUUCGAUGCCGCUCAGCCCCAGGUGCACGAGUACGAAAUGACCACGCCUGAUCCGUCCUCCAUCGCUUCUGGCUCCCGUGAAGGCAGCUAUGAUUCAGAAGAGGAUGAAGGGGAUAUCAGUUUCGAUCGCGAAUCCUCCCUCGACCGUGAUGACAGUUUCGAUGCCUCCUUGGAAGACCUCGAGAAGACCCCGGUUGUCCUGCCCGAAGACUGGCGAUACAUGAGUCCCGCCAGCGCAAACGACGAUCUGGUGAAAGACGAAGAAGAUCCCUUUACGGAAGACGACGAAAACCACAGCCCCGACCCGCGGCCAUCCACCCAGCAAGGCCCGCCUGUCCAACAUGCUCGCGUCGAGUCGCUGGACUCCAAUGGCGAACGCCGUCCCUUGCCCCCGCUUCCUCCAACCAAUCGCCCGUCCUUUAGCCAGCGCGGCUCGUCUCCACAAAAGCUGUCUGCAGCCUUUGAGCUGGCAAGUGGAGGUCAGCGAGUGUUGCCGUCUCCUCCGGGCCCCGCCACGUACAGCAAGUCGGAUAUCACUGAACGUGCUCGUGCAUCGAUGUCUCUGGAAGAUAGGCUACGUCUCAUGAUGAUCCAGGAAAACGAACGGAAGAGCAAAGACUCAGACCAAGCGGAUCACCAGGCGCCCAAGCCAGACACAGAGGCUGAACACGACCUGAUUAGCGACUUCGAGGACGAUGACAAGAUUUCAAACUCAGGGGAGGCUGCCAAAGAUCACGAUGAAGAGGCUACGGAGGUAUUCUCUCCUCCGCGCAUCUCCCGGGAUUCCAUUCUGCGAGACAUUCGUAAGAGUGAGAGCUAUGUCGACGACUCCUUCGAGGAGGAUUCGCAGAUCGAAUCAAGCCCCCACCACUAUAUGCAUUAUGACCCUGACGUCCCCAUCCCAUCCCUGGAGGACGAUGAUGACGAAUACCACGAUGACGACGAUGAUGACCAGAGCAGCGUGGUGAUAAAGCCCGAAGAGCACGAUGACGAUCUUUAUGACAUUCCGGAGUAUUAUGAAACUGUUCAGUCUCAAGCUUCUUCCUCAAAAAGCCUGAAAGACCAUUUGCCUUCCAACGAGGAGGGCGAUCAGCCCAGCUUGCCUCAAGAGGACGAAGUCAGGGCGCCGCAGAGCGAGUCACAAGAGUCCGAAGACAGACAAUCCACACCUGUUCCUGAAGUACGAGAGGAGCCUGCUGCCGAGCAAUCGCAAGGAGAACCAGAGCCAGAACCCCAACCAAAAGAACUGUCGGCUCCAAAGAUGGCAGCCAUGAGGGAAGCGCUGCAGCGGCCCUCGACACCGGAUAACCAGGAUCAAAUCUCAGAACCUUCGACCCCUGAGUCCGUUAUACGACACCCUAUUGAUGAAGAGUUCAGCGACGAGGAGGUAUCCGCUGAUGAAAGUGUGCCAGACCCAGUUGCCACCAUCAAGGCCCCUGGAACUGGUCUAAAGACCCGUCCAUCCCUCACCCCUGCGGACGUUGAGCAGAUGGCUGCGACGCGCCGCAAGGUUAGCGGACAACCACCUCCGCCCAUGCCCCAGCUUACCAAGCAGAACUCGAACGACUCGCAGGCCUCUGCACCGGAGGAGGAACACGAGGAGGAUACACAAACAGAGGCCGCCAAGGAACCGAGUCGGAGACAACCCAGUCUCAUGAAACUGGAUAUCCCAUUCAGCAUCCAGGAAGAGGAGAGCCUCGGAUUCGGCUUGGAUAAGGAGUUCGAUCGAGUGAUCGAGUCGCAAAAGAGAGGUUACCUUAUGCGACAUAACACGAAGGUUAUCAUCGCCAGUAGCCGCAAUGAGGAUGAAGCGGCAGCUGGAGGUGACGCUCCUGCAGCGGCCCGGGCCGCACCAACGGCGCGCAAGCCUAGUCAGCAAACGUGGACUACGGUGCCGUGGAACGGACAGACUCGCCGAGCGAGUAUGAGGACUUCCAGCGGCAUGGUCCGGAAGAAGCCCGUCAGCGGACCCGUCCCACCACUUCCAGGCCAGCAAAGCAGCGUUCAGGAGCCCCCGGCGACCAUCGAGGAGACCGAACCUGCGUUGAAUGGUGCUCUGGAGGAGGGCGAAGAACGUGGUCGUCUCUUCGUCAAGGUAGUCGGAAUGAAAUAUCUCGAUCUGCCGCUGCCACGAGGUGAGAGAUCGUACUUUGCUUUAACCCUUGACAAUGGCCUUCAUUGUGUUACCACUGCCUGGCUGGAACUGGGCAAGACCGCUCCCAUCGGUCAGGAGUUUGAGCUCAUCGUGCAGAAUGAUCUCGAAUUCCAACUGACCCUCCAGAUGAAGGUGGACGAGGAGAAGAUGCGUGUUCCAGAGCCUGCUCCCCCAGUUUCACCCACAAAGCAGAAAGCCUCCACCUUCAGUCGGGUCUUUGCUUCACCCCGCAAGCGCAAGGAGCUUGAUAUGAAGCAACAGCUGGCGUCGCAACAAAGCAAGACUCGCGACGUCAACGCUCCCGUAUGGGACAGGCUGAGAACGCUCAUUGCUCGCGAUGGAAGUUUCGCACGCGCCUACGUGUCCCUCAGUGACCACGAAAAGCACGCCUUUGGCCGGCCUUACACAGUGGACGUGGCAUGCUUCAACGAGUGGGCUGUUGAAGAGCAGCCCAGCAGUGUAAAGAGCAAGAAGAGUACCAAUAGUACUACUUCCCAGAGACGUCCCCCCUACAAGAUUGGCAAGCUUGAGCUGCAGCUUUUAUUUGUCCCGAAGCCCAAGGGCGCCAAGGACGACGACAUGCCCAAGAGCAUGAACGCAUGCAUCCGGGAGAUGCGUGAAGCCGAAAGUGUAUCCUCCCGCAGUUGGGAAGGGUUCCUUUCUCAGCAGGGUGGUGAUUGUCCAUUCUGGCGUCGUCGCUUCUUCAAGCUCCAAGGGUCCAAGCUGACCGCCUACCACGAAACCACCCGCCAACCUCGCGCAACCAUCAACCUUUCUAAGGCAGUCAAACUCAUUGAUGACCGGUCUUCUUUGACUCAGAAGGAGACUACAACGCGAGGCGGUGGCCGUCGCAAGUCAGCCUUUGCCGAAGAAGAGGAGGGCUACAUGUUUGUUGAAGAGGGAUUCCGCAUCCGCUUUGGCAACGGCGAAGUGAUUGAUUUCUACGCCGACAGCGCGGCCGACAAAGAUGGAUGGAUGAAGGUGCUGGCGGACGCCGUCGGCAAGGGAUCUUCUGGCAGCAGCCAAGUCAAGGCGUGGACGGAGAUGGUUCUCAAGCGGGAGCGAAGCAUGAAGGUGAAGCGGACAAGCACCGCAGCUCCUCCGCCACCCGCCAAAGACAGUGCCAUCCCUGUUCCAACGACCCCAUCGGCGCGGGCGCCACCCGUGGGUCGUCCUGGCCACAAGCACACUCAGUCACAGCCAGAAGUUCGCGGUCUGGAUGCUCGCCGGCAGAAGACGCGGUCCCUGAUGUUCUAG